GCAAUGACGGCAGAGCUGGGAUAGGUACAGGAUAAAGGACCAGGGACCUGUGGUACCAUACCACGCUUAGGCUGGAGCAGGUACCUGAAGGCUUUUCUCUGCAGGAGACUCCACAGCUUUUCUCAGUGAGUUGUGUGAAUGAACAGUACUGUUAGAGCCAGAUGAGCCUGUUUGGUUCCUCUGCCCCCCAGUGGACACCUUGGGGAGGCAUGUCCCUGGUGGCUGGGUUGGCUUCUAAAGGAUGAGAUGGGAAAUGAGUAAGUCACAUUUCUUUCUUUUGAAUCCCCAGCUUCCGUGGUCUCCAGAUUCCAGACAUAAGAUGAAAGGCUCCCGUCUUGCCUUUGGUCUUCUCUCUGUUGUGUUUUGUCUCCUCUGGGCUCCUUCGACUGGGUUCAAGACUCUCCACUUGGGAAGCUGUGUGAUCACCACAAACCUCGAGGAAAUACAAAGCGGUUUCUCCAAGAUUCGGGACGCUGUGCAAGCCAAAGAUGAAAACAUUGACAUCAGAAUCUUAAGGAGGACCGAGUCUUUGCAAGACACAAAGCCUUCAGCUCGGUGCUGCCUUCUCCGCCAUUUACUGAGACUCUACCUGGACAGAGUUUUCAAAAACUACCAGACCUCUGACCAUAAUACCCUCCGGAACAUCAGCAGUCUCGCCAAUUCCUUUCUUACCAUCAAGAAGGGCCUCCGGCUUUGUCAUGCCCGCAUGACAUGCCAUUGUGGGGAAGAAGCAACGGAGAAAUAUAGCCAGAUUCUGAGUCACUUCGAGAAGCUUGACCUUCAAGAAGCAGUGGUGAAGGCUUUGGGGGAACUAGACAUUCUUCUACGAUGGAUGGAGGAGACAGAAUAGGAGUGACGUGAUGAGGCAGCUGAGAAUACUCCUGAG